AUGGCGGGCUGCUGGUUCCGGCGUCUGCUAUCUUGUUUGCCGCAGCGCCGGAUCGACUGCGACGGGGGACAGCUCGUUUGCCUCGAUCCCGACGACGACGAGUGGUGUCGCCCUGUGUGCGAGGAGGUCGCGGCGCAGUCCCCCGAGCCGGCUUCGUCUUCGGCGGCCAUGUCCUCGUCGCUGCCGCACCUCGUCGACGACGUGCUGGAGGAGAUUUUCCUCCGCCUGCCCACCCCGGCCGCGCUCGCCGGCGCCUCGACCGCCUGCCCCCGUUUCCGCCGUGUCAUCACCGACAGGUCCUUCCUCCGCCGCUUCCGCAAGCGCCACCCGCCGCCGCUCCUCGGGUUCGCCGCCAAAGGUGGCUUCCGCCCGGCCCAGGCGCCCCACCCAUCGGUCCGGUUCGCCCGCGCGCUCGUCGACGCGGCUGACUUCACCUACUCCUUCGUCCCCGUGCCCACCAACGGCAGCCCCUGGUUCCCCCGCGACCUCCGCGACGGCCGCGUCCUCCUCGACAGCAGGCCACUUGGGGAGACAUUCAAAAGCUUCGCGGUGUGCGAUCCUUUGUCGAGGCGCUACGUCUUGCUCCCGUCCAUUCCCGAUGACAUGAUGCUUGAGGACGAGGAGAAGCGCCCUCCUGAACUCCGGCACAUGCUGGCCCCCAUCGGCGAGGACGACGAGGAUCAUGGGACCUCGUUCAACGUGAUAUGCUUUGCUCACUAUGAAACCAAGCUUGUUGCGUUCGUCUUCUCUUCCGUCACUCGAGGAUGGUGUAUGGCCGCAUCUACCAGCUGGACCUCUUUGGGGGUUCACCGUAAAGGCCAUGGCUGGGAAUGCCUGCCUUUCUCGGGACGCAGUUGCUUCUACUCGGCAUCGGCAUCGGCAUCGGCAUUGCCGGACACGUUGAUUGUGCUGGACACGGGAACGAUGGAGUUUUCCACUGUCAACGGCGGCACUGGCUACCAUGUAAAGCUCAGACGUCUACUUGGCCAGGCAGACAACGAUCUCGAGGUUGACAUUCUCGCCGGUGAAGCUCUCGUCCGCAACACCAUACGGAGAACACAUCGCCCAGGCCGGACCGGAAGUCGACCUGGCAUCGUAAUGGAUAGAGAUGGAACCAUUGAGAUGUUUUCUCUCGUUGGUGAUCACACGCGCAAUGGCUCGUUUCAACUCUAUCACACCCGUCAGCAAACGAACAGUGAAUAUUUCAAGGAAUGGCGGCUGGAGAAUGUUAUACCGUUGCCCGACGGGUAUGACUAUUUCACCGCCGGCGCGGCCGAGGGAUUCUUAUUCCUUGGAGCCACUACAGAAGAUCAGUUCGACGUUGAUCAAGGCUCCUCGGAGCCGUAUUGGAGGACCGGUUGGGAAGUAGAUUAUUUUUCGCUCGAGGUCAGGACUUCUCAACUUACCAAGGUUUGCAGGAGCAAGAGGCAAUUCUUCCAUGGUGAGCAUGCUCUCUGGUACUUUGGCUAUCCACCGUCCUUGUCCAACCCGUGUGUGUGA